CCCAUGAUCAUUUCCGACCUGAUAUGGGCGUGACCAGAAUUUCUGUUUUCGCCUGGCGAUUGUUCCUGGAAUUGAUCGCCGCCGCUGCACUGAUUACAGACCGCAGGACUGGUCGAGCUACUUCUGAGUGGAGUAGAACACAGAGAAGGGCAAGUCUCGACCGGCUGGUCGCCAGUAGUCACGAUACAUAUAUAGUCUUGUAUGGCAACUGCAGUCAGACACAAGACUCGUCUGUGGAUUAAUGGCAGAGUUGAUUUCGCCUGUCUUGACUUCGACUAUGGC